AUGAGCCUCCAGACUUCAGUCAACUCUUCCUUUGGCAGUGUCAAUGGGACAAAUCUCCUAAACUUUGAUUUUACUGCAUGGUUGAAGAGCUCAAACAUUAGCUUUAGUGAUUUAAGUGUACUGCCAGACAUCACGACAAAUGAGCGAGUCGCAAAGAUAGCCAUGUAUGUAUUGGCCAUAGUGCUGGCUUUAACCCUCAAUUCUCUUAUCAUUGUUGUUAUCAUCAGAACAAAAAGUUUGCGAACAAAGUUUAACAUGUACGUUUUGAACUUGGCUUGUGUUAAUAUUCUCAUCGCUGUCACGUGUAUGUGGUUACACGUGGUCACGAACCUCAAUCCGACAAGGUGGCCGCUCGGUCCAUUCUUCUGUAAGAUCAACACAUUUUUGCAAGUGUUGGUUGUGACGGUGAGCGUUUUCACACUAACAGUGGUAGUCAUAGACAGAUUCUUUGCCGCGCUGUUUCCAAGAUGUCUUGUCAUCACCCAAGCACACCAGGUCACGCUCAUUGUUCUCAUUUGGGUAUUUGGAGCUGUUCUCGCAUUGCCAUGGUUACUGUAUUCCCGUUUUGUUGAAUACGAUUGGGUGGGAGGUCAUGAGGUCCUGUGCCAAGCUCACUUCCCUUCCGAGGAAUCUCGAAAGGCCUACAUCACGACGUCAGUGGUGAUUGGCUAUGUACUACCAGUCCUUAUCAUGUUUGUCCUGCUCAUUGUCACGAUGGUGAAAUUCGUGCCGCCAAAAGUACCAGCGACAGAGCAGAGGAAAUCAUUCAACGAGAUGAGGCAAAAAGCUAUGACGAUGAUACUGACAGUGCUGAUAAUAUUCUUCGUAUGUUGGAGCCCUCCAGAGUUUGAGCGACUAUGGGAUAUUUACCGCUACAAAGGCCCGGGUGCAAAGGUACCGGAGGGUAUACAUGCGCUGACCUAUGCCUCGUUCUACAUUGCUUACUUCAGUAGUUGUGUUUACCCGUUAGUAUACAUAGGCUUCAACGAAUGUUUCCGCCAUGCUGCCAAGAAUCUCCUGUGCAGACGAAUGGUUUUGUCCGCGGUUUCCGUAUACCCGGAGGAGCCAGGCCCAAGUUGUGCAGAUGAAAACCAAUCUUCCCCGAAGCUACAGAAUACGGCCGAGGAUGAUUGUUUCACAGAGAUGUCAACGCCGUAA